AUGGAUAAUGGAAACAACGUGACAGAGUUUAUUCUACUGGGACUCUCACAGAAUCCAAAGAUGCAGAAAAUCAUAUUUGCUGUCUUUUUGGUUGUCUACAUUGUCUCUAUGGUAGGAAAUGUGCUCACAAUGGUCACUAUCAUCACCAGCCCAUUACGGGGGUACCCCAUGUACCAUUUCCUGGCUCAUCUCUCAUUCAUUGAUGCCUGCUAUUCCUGUGUCAAUACCCCUAAAGUGAUCAUAGAUUCCUUCUAUGAAAAGAAAACCAUCCCUUUCAAUGAAUGCAUGAUGCAAGUCUUUGGGGAACAUAUGUUUGCAGGUGCUGAUGUCAUCCUGCUCACUGUGAUGGCCUAUGACCGAUACGUGGCCAUCUGUAAGCCCUUGCACUAUGCGACCAUCAUGAAUCGGCGGCUGUGUCAGGUGCUAGUGUGGGUGGCAUGGGUGGGGGGUGUUAUUCAUUCAACCAUACAGAUCCUCUUCAUCCUCAGUUUACCCUUCUGUGGCCCUAACAUCAUAGAUCACUUUAUGUGUGAUCUCAACCCUUUGCUCGAUCUUGCCUGCACAGACACUCACAUUCUAGGAUUCUUUGUUCCUGCCAACACCGGUUUAAUCUGCCUUUCAAACUUCCUCCUCUUGAUCGGCUCCUAUGUGAUCAUUCUGCACUCCCUAAGGGCCCAUAGCUUAGAGGCUAGACGUAAGGCCCUCUCCACCUGUGUCUCCCACAUCACAGCAGUUAUCCUGUUUCUUCUGCCCUGCUUAUUUGUGUACCUGAGACCAACAGUCACUUUACCUGUUGAUAAAGCAGUUUCUGUAUUCUACACUAUGAUAACUCCCAUGUUAAAUCCUUUAAUCUAUACUUUGAGAAAUGACCACAUGAAAAAUGCCAUUAGGAAAUUGUGUAGUGGGAAAGUGAUUUCAGGUGAUGCAUAA